AAAUCUUUAAUUAUCUCCACUCUCCACUUCUCCUGUUCUCCAGCAGUCCAGUGCCAUUCUUCCGUGUCGUCUUCUCCAGGUGUGAGGUGUGUCGCGGUGGCUUCAGCCUUCGAUUACUCUCUAUAAGCUGGGAGUUUCAUCGAUCAUCAUCAGUUCGUCACCAUGAGAUUGCCGUGGCCGUGGCGGCGGAAGCCCGCGCCGCAGCAUGAUGAUGUGCCGGUGGCGGUGAGCACCCACCUCCACGUCGCAGCCGGUGACGACGACGACGACGACAACGGCGUUGACUCCGAGUCCACGGCGUCGUCGGAGCGCAGCCACCUCACGCUUCCGGUGGAGGAGCCGGUCCACGUCCACGACGAGGCUGAUCCCCAGGACGGGGUCCACGCUCACUACGAGGUGGCUGGUUCCGUUUCGGAUGAGGACACACUGAGCGGCAGCGGCAGCGACAGCGAUCCGAACGGCGCCGGGCACCGGUCGAGAGCAGCCAAGAGACACCACAACCCAAGAGGGGGGAGGAGGCGGCGAUCUGCCCGAGUGCCGGCGUUCACGGUCGCUGGCACCGCCGCGGCGGUCAUGCUGCUCGUGCUCGCGGUGCUCGUCGCCUGGAAGAGGAGGCAGCGCGCCGCCGGCUGCUAGCUGGAUGGCGCGCAGUUACUGCGGUAACGUUCUUAUAUGUGGUGUGGACGUGUGGCUGCCGUACGGUACGAGCAGUGUGUACGUGGGCCCGGGCGUGUAAAAAUUCAACGGUGAACUUUUCUUUACUGUACUUUUUUUU